AGCUACGACAAACGUUCGGAAAGUUCACUUUGCUCUAUUACCAGUGCUUUUACUGUUAUACAUGUCCUUAGGCCUCGGAUAUUACACUGUGCAGGAGUGGAUACAAAAAUACAUAAAGCUACAGCUAGGGUACCAGGACAAUUCCAACUCCACUUCCGGGUGCAAUGCUGACAAAAACUCCUCGACGUUUAAAGAUUUCCAAACUGUCGAGAAAGAAACGUCCAAAUGGUCGUUGUAUACUGCUAUCGCUCUGACAAUUCCUUCAUUCUUUGCCUCAAUGAUGAUUCCAGCAUACUCUGACAGUCUUGGAAGGAAAUUUUUGUUCGUCGUCGGCGCUUGUAGUGCUACCUUGCGUAUGACGUUGUCUGCGUUAUGCAUAUAUUACGAGUGGAAUCUUAUAUGGAUAGUUGUAGCAAUAGUGCUGGAUGGACUGACUGGCUCCCUCUUUACCGUUUCAUCGGCAGCUAUGGCAUAUCUAGCAGAUUUGACGGGGCAUGGCAGCCGAUCCUUCGCAAUUACAGCUCAUGAUAGUAUCCUGCUUAUUUGCCUAACGCUGUCUGGACUAGGAUCAGGAUUUUACAUUGAGAACAAGGGUUAUGUAUAUCCGAUGGUAACAAGUGCCGGAAUGGCUUUAAUUGCUUUGCUGAUAAUAUUAUUUGUGCUCCCGGAAACACAUUUAAAACAGAACAGAAUAGAAUCAAAGUCUGUUUGGGCGACGUUUUCGCGAAUGACGGACAUCUAUUUGAAAAACGACUUUCAGAAGCAAAGAUCUACAUACCUUUUGUUGAUAAUGUCUUACUUCUUUUUGGAAUUAGUAUCAGUGCACAGACCGUCUCUUGAAAUCCUGUAUCAAUUAGGACGACCAUUUUGUUGGUCACCAUCCAAAAUUGGAAUGUUUUCCGCAGCUCGAAAUGCGACCCAAGGAUUUGCAGGAAUAGUUCUUAUAGCACCAUUAAAAAGAUGUUUUUCAGACAAUAGUAUAGCACUUAUGAGUAUCGUUUUCUGCACUGGGUCGUUUGUUUUGGAAGGCCUUGCGCAAACAGAUCUUCAGCUGUAUCUUGUUCCAGUACUGGCGACAUUUAGUUUCCUGUCCAUACCUCUAGUAAAAACUAUACUUUCCACCAUGACUCCGGCAGAGAAACAGGGUUCGGUAUUUGCAAGUGUGGUAACUGUUCAAAGCCUGUGCGCCGUUACGGCCGACUUCCUCUUCAACACAUUUUACUCGGACACCGUAAACCUCAUGGCUGGAAGCGUCUUUCUUCUCAUGGCCGCCUUGUCGAUGCUUCCUUUCUUCGUCCUAUUGAUAGUGAGAGUCAGAAAAGCUGGAAAUCCUGACAGGAAUGUUUUUGAGAAAAAUGUGCAAAAGAACCCACUGUUUCACAAGAAUCUACAAGUUUCCGAUCAUAUAGCCCCUAAGGGAACGGAAUGGGUUAGUUCAGAGAAGCCGCACAAUCGAAACCACAAGCCGGAUGGAGAUCUGAUCUGGAUUUUUGUUUUUAAGUUUAAUUGUAUUCCUAACAUAGUGUAUAUCUCGGUUACAAUGGUCAGUGAUGAAAACUCGCCGCUUUUGAAGAAUUCUGCAAUUCAGGAUAAGAUACGACCAACGAAAGAAGCUACGACAAACGUUCGGAAAGUUCACUUUGCUGUAGUACCAGUGCUUCUACUGAUAUACAUAUCCAUUGGCCUCGGAUCUUACACUGUGCAGGAGUGGAUACAAAAAUACAUCAAGCUACAGCUAGGGUACCAGGACAAUUCCAACUCCACUUCCGGCUGCAAUGCUGACAAAAACUCCUCGGCGUAUACAGAUUUCCAAACUGUUGAGAAGGAAACGGCAAAAUGGUCAUUGUAUACUGCUAUCGCAGGGACAAUUCCUUCCUUCAUUGCCUCAAUGAUGAUUCCAACAUACUCCGACAUUUUUGGAAGGAAAUUUUUGUUCGUCGUCGGUGCUUGUAGUACUACGCUGAGAAUGACGGUGUCUGCGUUAUGCAUAUAUUACGAGUGGAACCUAAUAUGGAUAGUUGUAGCAAUAACGUUGGAUGGACUGACUGGCUCCUUUUUCACCAUUGUCUCGGCAGCCAUGGGAUACAUAGCAGAUUUGACGGGGCGCGGCAGCCGAUCCCUCGCAAUUACAGCUCACGAUGGCCUUCUGCUCAUCUGCAUAACGCUGUCUGGACUAGGGUCAGGAUUUUACAUUGAUUACCAGGGUUAUGUAUAUCCGAUGGUAACAAGUGCCGGAAUGGCGUUCAUUGCUUUGCUGAUAUUAAUAUUUGUGCUACCAGAAACGCAUUUAAAACAGAACCGAGUAAAACGAAAGUCUGUUUGGGCGACGUUUUCGCGAAUGACGGACAUCUAUUUGAAAAACGACUUUCAGAACCAAAGAUCUACAUACCUUUUGUUGAUAAUGUCAUACUUCUUUUUGGAAUUAGUAACAGUGCACAGAUCGGCUCUUGAAAUCCUGUAUCAAUUAGGACGACCAUUUUGUUGGUCACCAACCAAAAUUGGAAUGUUUUCCGCAGCUCGACAUGCGACCCAAGGAUUUGCAGGAAUAGUUCUUAUAGCGCCAUUAAAAAGAUGUUUUUCAGACAAUAGUAUAGCACUUAUAAGCAUCGUUUUCUGCACUGGGUCGUUUGUUUUGGAAGGCCUUGCGCAAACAGAUCUUCAGCUGUAUCUUGUUCCAGUACUGGCGACAUUUAGUUUCCUGUCCAUACCUCUAGUAAAAAGUAUACUUUCCACCAUGACUCCGGCUGACAAACAGGGUUCGGUAUUUGCAAGUGUGGUAACUGUGCAAUGCCUGUGCGCCGUGACGGCCGACUUCCUCUUCAACACAUUUUACUCGGACACCGUUAGCCUCAUGGCUGGAAGCGUCUUUCUUCUCAUGGCCGCCUUGUCGAUGCUGCCAUUCUUCGUCCUAUUGAUAGUGAGAAUAAGAAAAGCUGGAAACCCUGACAGAGAUGUCAUUGAGAAGGAAGUGCAACAGAAGCCACAGUUUCGCAGAAAUUUACAGAUUUCCGAUCAUAUAGACCCUAAGAGAACAGAAUGGGUCAGUUCAGACAAGUCACACAAUGAAAAUGACAAGCGGGAUGGAGAUCUGGUGUCCUCAAUAUAAAUGUGUUCACAGGACAGAUUAUGAACAAAAAGUUAUUAUAUGCCAUUACAUUUUAUUAUGGCUUAUCAAACAAAUAAAAAAUGUGAUUCUUAAAGGCCUAGUUUAAUCCUUCUGUAAGUGCCCCCCCCCAUUUUUU